AUGAUUGAAAAGUAUUGGGUUUGGACAUAUAAUGGAGAAGAAUUGUCGAGUAACGUACCAGAGACCAGUAAUAUGCAUGCUUCAAGUAGUCGAUCACCGAUGGAACAUGGGGAAAACUUUAAUAUGAUCAGUGAGAUGAUGGGUGAUAAUUUUGGUGUGAACUUGACCUGUGAUAAACUUGCAGAUUUUGAUGGGGAAGAGUUGUCGAAUGAGGAAGCGUAA